AGAUCAAGUGAACGAUUUCAGUGAACUUCUUUCAGAAAAUCGCAGGUUUACUCAGUGAUAGCGAUGUUCGAUAAGAAUUGGCUAAGGGAAGUGUUCGACGCGUGCGACGUCGCGAAGCGCGGUUUUGUCACUCCGGAUCAAUUUGAGGCAGUGGCCCGCGACCAAUUCGGCGUGGACUCGGCAGACAUUCCAGUUUUGUUUGGCACACUCGACAAGGAUGGCGACGGAAAAAUCAGCUUUCAUGAUUUCGCUGCCGGUUUCGGAGAAUACCUCCAAUCGCGAGGCCUGCGAAGGCCGUCAGUCGCUUCUCGACGCCUGAGCACCAGCGUCGAGGAGUUGUCUUGGUUGCCUAUGACAAGCCCAUCAUCCAAAGAUACCCAGAACCUCCUUUCUACGACCGAAGAUGAGAAAAAAUACCUCUCAUGCCCAGAGAAGCUGAACGAAAUGGAGAGAACACAUGACUGGCCAGGGGCUUUGCGAGAAGAGAGCUGGGGAGAUGAAGCCGCCUCGGUCCCCGAGCUGUUCUCAAAGUUGAUGGCAGACGUGAUGACGCUGCAGGAGGAGAAUUCUCGACUGGAGGGCCUAUACUCGAGGUCAACGCGUGGAUUGCAUGCUGGAUUUGCUCGUGACCCAAAUGGAGGUGAUGUCCGACAUUACCCCGUUUAUACCCAUUCGGAUUUGAUGGAACUCGAGCCUCAAUCGUUCGACGCUCUCAUGUACAGGGAAAAGGAAUUCCUGCGCGCUCGUAUGCAGAAUUUCGAAGAAGACAUGGAAGCUGCCAUGGCUGAAGCCGAAACGAAAGCGGCUGCAAAGGUCAAGUUGGAGUUGAAACAGGAGAAGAAGGAGUUGGAGAAGAAAAUGGAGACGGAGAAAAACAAGCUUCAGGCUCAUUUCCAUUUGUAUUCAAAGAUUGAUGCGUGGCUGAAGGAUGAGGAGAAAGAACGCCGCAUGAUUGUGGAGCAAACGCGACAGGACCUGAAGAGUGUCCAGCAAGAAAAUCAAGGAUUACGCGAAAGCCUGAUUGAAGCGCAAGGGAAUAUCGCCAUUCUGCAUGCGCAACUUGCUCGAGUGCGCUCUUGCUAUGAGGACAAGUGUCGGGAAUACGAGGAGAACAAUCCGAAGCAGCGGUUGUCUAAACCUUUACACGGCCUAAACGUUAAACUGCCUUUCGAAGUUACGAGAGUGUCGUAUGGAAGGGAAGGAUCCAAUUCGCUGAGAUCCAAGAGGAAAUUCAGACUAUCUUUAAGAACAAAGGACAACGCAAAUUCGGAAGGCUCCAGUUGUUGCAGCUCUUGUCAUGAGCUUUACACGCCGAGAAAAUUCGGCCAUCUGACGGACGAACCGGCUCUCCGUGGAAUGAUUUCCAAUUCGCCAAGCUUCAGAUUGGAUCGCUUCAUGAAUGAUUUAGAUAGCGGACGAUCGACGCUGAGAGAUUUCACAGAGGUUGACAGCGAGCCACCGUCGAUAUUGAUAGCGGAAGCCGAUGACGACAUUUCAACGCCCUCAGAUUGCAGUUUAGAGGAAAAAGUGAAUCCACUCCCACGACCUGCGUCCCGAACUCUGGUCAAGCCAUUAUCGUUGGAGCUUGCAGCUGCUCAAUACGAAGACGAAUCAAUUCCUUACGAACCGCAGCUGCCGAAACCGACGGAAAUCAAGAACACCUACAAGGUGGUCCUUUGCGGCGACUCCGCCGUCGGCAAAACAAGCUUCAUUAACGCUCUCUGUGACGGCCACUUCAGUCUCAACCUUCCCACCACUCUCGGCCAAGAGAAGUUCCGUUCCAUCACGAAAACAUACUUCAGGCGGGCCGAUGGAGUGAUUUUGAUGUACGACGUCACUAUGGAGCGAUCCUUCCUCGAUAUUCGUAAAUGGCUUCAAGAUAUCGAGGCAGGUGCAGGAGAAGGGGUUCCGAUUAUUUUAUGCGGAAACAAGGUGGAGAUGAGGGAUUCAUCUGAUCUGAGGAGUAAAAGCGUUUCCUUCCGGGAUGGCUCGCGGCUUGCUUUAGAAAUUGGCUGCAUUUUCAUAGAAACAAGUGCGAAAGCAGGAACUAAUCUUGAGGAAACACUCGUCAGUCUUUGCAGAGAAAUGGGAGCAAGAAGUAUAGAAGAGAAACGAUGGCGUCCCGUCAAGAUGAUCCACGAACCAGAAGAAAAGAAAUCAUCGUCGUGCUGCAUCUCCAAGAAACGUUGAUUUCAAGUGUUAUUUCGCGAACAUACACGGAACGCUUUUUCAUUCAGUGCUUCAUUCUAACUGUCCUUCACUCCCAAUUGCAUGUCAUCAACAUAAAGCAACUUUACUUGGAAUUUCUAACAAAUAUGCUGACAUAUUACUCGCUCGCAAACCAAGAGGUUCGUCGACGCAGGAAAGUAAACGUGCAUUCAUGAGAUUACCGAGAUGUGUUGUAACAGAUCCCAUAAAAUGGAGCUUGAAAAGAUCACGUACAAUCAGGAAUCAGCAGUGCAGUGAAUGUUACCCAAAAUUUUACUGUACAUACUGUACUUCGAAUCCUGAAAUGUACAAGAAACUGGCUUCCACGCCCAUCUGUAUCAUUGAGAAUUUUACACAUAUAGUCAAUGCACAAUAUUUACGAGAUUCUCGGGCCGUUUCCACAAAAAAAUGUGAACAAGUCUAAAAAAAAGUUUCAAUCAAGCAUAAAAAAAUAUUAACUGUUGUCCUCCCAACUUAAGCCCAGUUCGAAGGCUCAAAAGGAAUGUUUCGCAAGGAAAUAUUUGAUAGUAAAUAGGGAGUAAAAUCGCUUUCAAAUUCAUCGAC